AGGAAAACGGGUGGACCGGGUAGAAGCGGAACGCAGGUGGAGUAGAGACGGUUGGGGCGUCCCCCGCCCUUGUCGUCCAGCCUCUGCCUCUUCCCAAGGAGGAGGAGGAGGCUCCUCGCUCCCGUUGACGAAACCGAGCCUGGCUGUGUCUCUCCGGGUUUAAUUUUAUCUCCGCUGUUGCCGCCGCGCCUGUCGUCGAUCGUCCUCUCCUCUCCUGGUGGUCGGGCUUGUCUUGAUCUCUUCUGCCUUUUGCUGGCUGGGUGCUGGGUUGCCGAGGUCGGAGACAAGAGCGAGGGAGAGGGAGAUGGAGUGCCUGCUGGGGCUGCUCAAAGUGAAGGUGGUGCGAGGGGUGAACCUGGCCAUCUGCGACCCCCUCACCCACAGCAGCGACCCCUACGUCGUCCUCCGCCUCGGCCAGCAGAAAGUGAAGUCAAGUAUAAAGUAUCACACAAUCAACCCAGAAUGGAACGAGGAGCUCACCCUAUCCAUCACAAACAUGAUGCACCCGGUCAAGAUUGAGCUCUUCGACCAUGACACGUUCACCAAGGACGACAGCAUGGGCGACGCCGAGUUCUGCAUCCUGGACUUCGUGGAGAUCGCCAAGCGGGACCUGAGCGACGUCCCCGACGGCACGGUGAUGAAGACGAUCCACCCGGAGAAGGCCAAUUGCUUCGCCACCGAGAGCCACAUCACGUGGAAGGACGGCAAGAUCUCCCAGGACAUCGUGCUCAAACUCAGGAACACCGAGACCGGCGAGCUCGUCCUGCACCUGCACUGGGUCAACAUCCCCGGCGUCGCGCGGUGAACCCUCGGCGGGACGGCGACGACGGCUGCCCAGCUGGUUUUACAUGAAGUAAAAGUAAUGUAAAUGUUGCUCUGUCUAUGAGGUAUCCAAAAUAAGCAAACAUCCUGACUCCUGCCUGAAGAGGUCAUGGGUGUCUAAUUUGUAAGGUAUUCGGAAGGCUUAUGCUACUGGGAGCAAUGCUCUGUUUUCAGUUUGGUUCUGCAUAAUUUUCUGCCUUUUCUUGAUCCACAGAGAUAUAUGUUAUGAAGGCAUUUCAAUUUCA